ACUUCACCCUUCUCACUAUCAUGUCCACCGGUUCUGUCCACCACGUUACCUCGUCUGAUGAGUUUGACAACUUUAUCAAGGAGCAUGCCGGCCUUGUUGUCGUCGACUUUUCCGCCACCUGGUGCGGUCCGUGCCGCAUGAUCGGCCCCAAGUACGAGGCUGCUGCCGCUUCUGACGACUACAGCUCGGUCCUCUUCCUCAAGGUCGACGUCGAUGAGCUCGACGAUGUUGCCGGCCGCUGCGGUGUCCGUGCCAUGCCGACCUUCCAGUUCUACAAGGGCGGCGAGAUGGUUGGCGAGUUCUCGGGCGCUGCCGAGGCCAAGCUCCACGAGAACCUCAAGAAGCACAUGUGAGGAAUCGACCCCUUAAACUUCUCCUCCUCCCCCCC